CAUAAUUUCAAUUUGACAAACAAGAACUGUCAAAGUUGUCGGCUUGUUUAUUUAUAAUUUCGAAAUUAUUUACCUUCUUUUGUAAAUAUUAUUUCUGUUCGUUUUUUAUAUAAGUGCGUUAAUAUAAAUUGUAUACAAGAUGCCUUGCAAUCCACCAAAGACUAACGCGGAUAAGAUGUGGCCGUAUGAUGAGUAUUAUCAUGGAGAAAGAGAUGAGGAGAACAGGAAGAAUGGAUUUGGGAACGUAUACUGGUCUUCAGCAGAGUUUCAAGACUCAUAUAGCGGGAGCAUGCUGCGCGACACUAUGCACGGUGAAGGGGAAUACCGCUGGAGAUACGCAGGACCAGAGCAUGCAGCCACUACUUACGAAGGCAGGUUCUACAAUAACCGCAUGCAUGGCUAUGGAAUGAUGUCUUAUCCUGACGGACGGGUGUUCAGCGGUCUCUGGCAUAAAAACAUUCGCUGGGGUCCUGGAGUGGAGUCCCACGCGCGACUUCGUGAAGACGUGGGUCUUUGGCAUGGGUACCAGCUCAUCAGGCUGGCGUGGCGGCCUCAUGUGCCCAGUGUUGCCAUCGACAUUAUGUCCACCCCAGUAGGAAUUAAUGUGGUGGCUUCUCAUCGAAAGCUCAUGGCUGCGAGUCCUAAAACUAUUGGUGAAGUGAACUCGGCAUUAGAACUGUUGAAGCAAUAUGGAUCAGAUCCUCUAGCUGCAGCGGAGAAAUGGACCAAGUUGUAUCCGAAGAACUGCACAGACACAUACAGCCAACUGUGCCACGUCGCAGUGUUUGACCGGGCCUACUUUAACCACGAAAUACCUUUGCUUAAUGAAGUUAGUUCUAUACCACAGGUAAAACCUAUAAAAAUCAUAAACUCAUUAAAUAUAUACUACCUUGCUAUUCAAUGGAAUUUGGUUCAGGCUGCAAAUUAG